AUUUAGUCUAUUUUGAGUAUUUUCCCUUCAGCUGUCUGUAAGCCAUUCACUUUUCUCUCCCGCCCCGUUCCCGCUCCCGCUGCCGCUCUGUUAAUUCGCUUUAUUUGCAUCCAAUCUUUCUUUCAUUCUCUUAAAUUCGUCUACUUCUAAUUCUUUUAUCAGACUCAAUUUUGUGUGUUCGAAUUUAUCAAAUUUGUUUAGAUUGAUCCAAGACAUGAAAGGACGCUCGAGCAAGAAGACAAAGAAGGCAUCGCCGUCGGCAGCCGGAGAUCAGCAGUAUGCCAAGGGAUUAAGCUCGUACAAGGCCGCUUGCAACCUAGAUGUAGAUUUGCAGACUUUUGAUACGACGCUGCAAGCGCGGACUAGUUGCGUGAUCAACACGCUCGCGGACGGCUUGGAGGUACGGGCGCCUUCGUUAGAUUCGCUCAAGGAGGUGAUGGGAUGUCUUCGUGAGAUGAACCAGGAGGUGGUGAAGGUAAUCUUGAAGUGCAAGGAAGAUGUGUGGAAGACUCAGCAGCUGUUUGAGCUCGUUGAGGAGUAUUUCGACAACAGUUUGCAGACUCUGAAUUUCUACAACGCCUUGGAGAAGUGCCUGCAGCGCGCUCGCGAUAGUCAAUUGCUCAUCCUCGUCGCACUGCAGCAGUUCGAGGAGGAGACGGAGGUCGGAGGGAGUCGGUAUGUUAGGACGCUGGAGAAGCUGAAAAUUUUCAAGGAGGCAGGGGAUCCGUUUACAGAGGAGUUCUUCCUGAUGUUUCAAUCGGUUUAUAAGCAGCAGAUGCUGAUGUUGGAGAAGCUGCAGCAGCGGAAGAACAAGCUGGACAAGAAGCGCAAGCGCAUCAACGUGUGGAGGAAGGUUACGAGUAUGAUUUCUCUCUGGAAAAUUUGUGAAAAUGCAUUGAAAUGGCAGAAGGAGGUGAUUAGUUCAAUGCAGGCAGGAAACUAUGUUGCCAUUAAGGAUCUGGAUAACAUCCGAGUACUGAUCGAUCGGCUUGAGAUUGACAUUGCAGCUCUGUUACAGAAUGCAGAUUUUGCAAUUGAGGAAGAACCUGUGAAAAUUGUGAUAGAAGAGAUCAAGAAGAAGAUGGAGGUGUUUAUGAAGAAUGCGGAGAAUUUGGGGGCACAAGUUGAUCUCUGCAGCAGUGACAUUAGGGAGGCAAGGAGGGUGGUUCUGCAGAGGAUAAUCAAAAACCCCAACGACUAAAAGAUGGGAAGAACAUCAAUGGAUAACUGCCGCUAAUCCCCAAAAAACUCAACCAGCUUCACACAGUGAUGAUGGUGAUGAUGAAUACAAAGUAUGCCGCAGGUCCAGCCACACAUCAUGUACAUAUUCAUGGUUUUUUGUUCUAGAUCUGUAGAGGAAUAACUGAAGACCUUCAUUCAGAUUCACCCCUGUUCUUUGUAGGAAUUGUAAUAAUGUUUGGAGAUUGAACUCCUUAUUUAUUCACUGAAUUUUUUCCUACAGAAUUGUUUCAUAU